CCAUGUAGUAAAGUAGUAAUAAAUUAAGAAAUUUACUUUUAAAUAUUUAAGUGAAAAUAAAAUUUAAUUUUUUAAUUCGUCACGUACUACAUGUUUCUGUUAUCUUUUUAAAAUAAUGAAAAUUGUGCAUUUACAACGAAAUUAUAAUGUUAUAGUAAAAAAUAAAAUCAAUUAAAUUUCGGUUUUGACGUCUCAGGGAUUUUUCUACUUUCACACAUAAAACCCGAUACGCGAUAUAUCAAAAAAAAAUUAUACGAGAUUAGUCACCCACCAUAUUUGUUAAGAAAAUAAAAAAAAAUCUUAAAAAUUUUAUCAAAAUAAGAUAUUAAUUAUAAUUUAAGCACAACUUAUAAAUUAAAAAAAAAAGUUAUCAACGCAUAAUAGUCAUUAAUGAAUAAAAUUAAUAAAUAUCUGUAUGUAUGUAUAUAUAUGCAUAUACAUGUAUAAAUUUAGAGCUUUAUAAUUUAAAAUAUUAGAAUAAAAAUCUAGUUCGUAAGAAAAAAUAAUUUUCAAUGCCAUAUUUAGUAUAAAUAAGAAUUUUGCUAUUAAUUACGGCUAAAAAAUUAAGAAAAAAAAAAGUUGAUAAAAUUUUUCUAUAUCAUAAGAUUUCGUGCAAUUUUUAAAUGCGCUUUUAUGUGAUUUUUUGCCAAGCUAUUAAAUUUCAAAUUCAAUAAGAAAAUUAUAAAUACUAGAAAAACUAAAAACCAAAAGGAAAAUACGAUAAAGAUAUGAGUCGACGUAGUCGAACUUCAUUAUUUAGUGGUCCGAGUGGGUUUUCAUUGCGGAGAUUAAUUUUGCAAGGUGCAAGAGCUGCCCGCGGAAGUCCUACACUUGGUCAAAGAUGCGAUAUAGAACGUGGUAUUACAUCAAAUUCUAAUAGCAAACAUGACAAAAAACAUGGGGAAGGCACUAGCACCAGCUAUGGAAAUAAGACAUCGAAUGGCGAAAACGCAUCGACAUCACGACAGAAUGCCAACAACGGCCUACAACAACAAAAUAGUAUACAAAGUGAUGAUUGUUCAUUCCCUUUGGGUACUGCGCCGAACAAUUCGAAAGCAGCUUCUAUUAGUUCACCGCAGAGAAGUGAUUCAACUGGUGAUAAUAAUUUUUAUUGUCAAAUUUGUUACAACACUCCUACACCACCAAACGCAUUUUAUACUUUAUUUACUUGUAAACAUACAGCUUGUCGGAAUUGCUUAGAAAGAUAUUUAAAAAAUGAGAUUAAUGAAUCUAGGACUGAUAUUGCGUGCCCACAGUGCUCAGAGGCGAUGCAUCCAAGUGAUAUAGAAACAUUAUUAAAAAAUUAUUCGGAUGUAAUAACUAAAUAUGAGGAUUUUAUGGUUAGACGUUUUUUAUUAACCGACCCAGAUUCAAGAUGGUGUCCAGCGCCAGAUUGCAGUUUCGCUAUUAUUGCUACUGGAUGUGCAUCAUGCCCUCGUAUUCGAUGCCAAAGACCUGGUUGUGGUUUGCAUUUUUGUUACCAUUGCAAAGCUGAGUGGCACCCGGAUCAAACAUGUGACGCAGCUCGUGCUUCAAGACAAAGCCCAUCAGCCCAGCUCCCAACUGGCAAAAUAAUUAGCCCUGAUAUUCAACAUCGUAAUGGAGACGAUAUUAAACCUUGUCCUAGAUGUCAAGUUUUAAUUGUUAAAAUGGAUGACGGAACUUGUAAUCAUAUGGUUUGCUCAAUUUGUGGAUCAGAAUUCUGUUGGUUAUGCAUGAAAGAGAUUAGUGAUUUGCAUUACUUAAGUCCUUCGGGAUGUACAUUUUGGGGUAAAAAACCGUGGUCUCGAAAGAAGAAACUUAUGUGGCAACUGGGAACACUCGUCGGUGCACCUUUAGGUAUAGCUUUAGUAGCUGGUAUAGCCGUUCCUGCAAUGAUUAUUGGUAUUCCUGUUUGGGUUGGAAAAAAGAUUUUUACUCGGUAUAAAUCUUCGACCAAGCACAGACGAAAUUGCGCUGUUGUUGGUGGAGUUUUAGCCUCAAUAUUCGUUUCCCCUAUCUUAGCUGGCCUGGCGGUUGCUAUCGGUGUUCCAAUUUUGCUUUUCUAUGUUUAUGGCGUUGUUCCAGUAUCAUUGUGUCGGGCUGGUUGUGGAGUUUCAACUACUAGAGAUGGUUUCAAAUUUGAUUUUGAUGAGGAAGAAGAGGAAAAUAACACGAGAAAUCAAAGUGACGGAGCAAGUGUUGAUGCAGUAUCACGUAUAGGUGGUACGAGCAUUGGUGAAGUUAGUCUUAGCGUUGCAAGUGGUAGUCAUAUUGUAGGUGUUUCUAAUAAAGGAGACGGUCCCCAGUUUAGUGUUGCACAAUCAUUAUCUUCAAAAAAUGAAUCAACUACAGCAUUGGCAGGUAGCAUAACUGGACAUCGAUUGGAAGUUCAAGCUGACGUUAGUUUAUCCGAGACCGCUUCAGCCGUUACAUGCAUCAGUGAAAAAUCGGGAAAUAUUUCAAAUGAUACGGCUUCAACAAAAGCAUUGGCUGGUUCAAUUUUGAGCUAUAGACAACAAACAAAUGAUUAUUCGAACGUAAGCGAAGAUGGAAUAUCCGAAAGAAAUCGCGUUUUAGACGUUGCUGUAACAGACCAGGAUUCUCAGGUUGACAAGGCUAGUGUUGGAAGUUGCCGUUCCUUCCGUAGCUCUGAAAAAUCUUUUCGCGAUGAUAUGGAUUCCACAGCAUCAUCUGUUAAAAGGCUGCAAUUUUGUGCCAGGCAUACAAAACCAAAUCCAGUUGCUUUUCGUACUAUGUCCUUAGAUAGUAAUAACGGUACUAAUUAUAUACCAGAAAAUGUCAAAUUAGAAAAACAGGCUGAGGAAGAAGAAUGUAGUGAUAAUAAUAAUAUGACUGAUAUAAAACCUGAGAGCACAAUUUUAAUUAAUAGAGAAUAUGUUGGAGAUAAACCAAUUAUUGGUACAUUAAUUCGAGAAAUUCACUUUGUUGAAGGAACUAUUUAUAAAGGAAAAUAUCCAAAUGUGAAUAACAGUGUUGGAAACAUAGCUAAUUACAAUAAUAAUAAUGAAAUUUCGUCUUCCUAUUCCAAAUCAGUUCCGUCAACAAUGAACGCUGCUACAUCGACGUCAGCGAACACGACACCAACCAAUUCACCAAAUAUUUCACCUACAGCUGUUUCCCCUGAUACAAUUAUCACUAAUUUGUCUUCUCAAAACAUUAAUCAUAAUAGUCCUGAUGGAAAAAAUAAUCCAUCAAAAGCAUCGAUAUUAAGAAAUUUAUUUUUUGCUCAAAAAAAUGACAAUAUUCUUACGCAACCAAGUGAUAAUUCAAAGAAUUCUGAAAGUGAUAACCAUGAUGUUUUGAAAAAAUCAUAAGAAAUAAGAUAAGCGGAAAAAAUUAUUUUGAAACAAAGUAAUUUCAUAUAUAUAUAUAUUAGAAUUUUAUAAAAUUAGAGAUUAAUAUUUUUUUCUGCUUAUGUUUUCGACAUUUUUUUUUUAAUGUCGAAACUUUAGUUUUCCAAUAUUUGAUUCGAAAUUUUAAAUAUUUUCUACUUUCAAAGUAAUCCAAAAUAAGUAAACAAGUACAGUUGCAAAAGUUUUUGAAAUAUAAAUCUGAACAAUAUUAAUAUAAAAUUAAAAUAAUAAAUUAGCUUACAUACAUUUUACAAACUUAAACAGUUAUACUAAAACACUUAUUUUCUAAAUAAAGAGAUAAAAUAAUUUUCCGUAUUAAAUAAAAAUUUUAAAUGAAACUAAAUUCUAGCAAAUAAAUUCCAUCAUUUAUGAAUAAAAUGAAAUCACUGAGAAUCACCUACAUAUUUGCUUUGAUUAAAGGCUAUUGAUUUUUUUAAGUUUAAUUUUUUUAAUGUAUUUUUAAUUUUUUUGCCAAUUGUAAUAGUACAAUUGAAUCAAUAGUACGUUAUGGAUUGAUAAAAACUCAAAUUGAACUCAAGUUGUGGAUUAGUAUGUAAUUUUAUUUUUACAUUUUUAUUUUUGUUUUGAUCAAAAUAUCGUAUUUAAAAAGUUAACUGCUAUUUUUUAUAAUGGAAAUUUUGUAAAUGAAAUAAGCAUAAUAAUGAAAUUAAUGCAUAAUUGCUUAUUUAAAAUUAAAUUUCUAAUUUUUAAUAAUGUAUGGUUAUCAAUAACUGUAUAAGCUUUUGCGAUAUCUCUUCAAUAAUUUUUCUUUUAAUUUAAUUUAACUUUUAACAAAUUUAAAGUUUCGAAUUAAAACGAAAAAAACAGGGUUAAAAUUUUAGUAUAUUAUAAUUAUUUAAUAAUGAAAAAAAAUUAAAAUAGUAAUUAUAAUUUUGAAAAAUAUAAAGAAUAUCUCGAAAUUAUAGUUAACUUAAAAAAAAAAUACGUGGAGUAGUUAAAUGUGUUUACAUGAAAAUUAAAUGCUUACAUGUUCUACUGAAGGAAAUUGUCCUUUUUUUAUGCAAGUAUGGAAAAUUAUAUAAAGAGUAAAUAAUACAUAAAAAAUAAAUAAAGAUUUAACUGUUCAUUAAAUGCAUUCAAAUCUCAUACGCUUUAAAAAAAAAUCAAGAAUUAAGCAACUAUAAAUUACAAUAAACGAUCUGCGUAAAACAAUACAAAUUGCUAAAUAAAAUAAAAAGGCAGAUAGUUGUGUACAUAAUGGAACUUAAAAAUUGUAAACUUUAAAAUGCAAUAUGUUAAAAAAGGUACAAAAAGGGAAUUAAUUGGCUUCUUCAGAAAGGCUCGACGUUCUUUUUCAAUUAAACUUUCAUGAUUGGAUAUUAAAAAAGUUAAUACUUAAGCAAUUGUGAUAUUUUGAAUUAGUUUAAAGUUGAAUUCUCAAGUUUGACUUAUUUUGAAUACCAAGUCCAAUUAAUUUAUAUGAAUAUGAUUUGGUAGUUUUCUUUUCAAUAUUUUAUACAAAAAAUUUGAAAAUUUAAAAAAUUUUUUUUGUGACUACAUAGUUAAUUUAAAAUUUCUGUACAUAUUUAAAAAAAAAUACAUUGUAUCUUGCAAUAUAAUAAAGUAACCUAACAAAAACUGGUUUAAAAGACAUU